CUUAGCUGUUCAAUGUAAAUCAACGUAAAGCUCCGCAUCGAGACGCUUAUUGCUCGAUUUCGGACUUGCCUUGUAUAGUCAACAACACGGUCUCCUGCCAAGCAGCCACGGCUGUCACACGCACGCGUGAAAUCUGACGUGAUGCUCUUGCCACCGUCCCAUUCAGCCGCUUGUUGGGAUCCUCCCUUCAGACAGUCGUGCGUAUGCGCUGGUAAAGAAACAACGGCAUUGUCAGAGCGGUGUUUAAACAGAAACGACCAGUUAACAGAAAUCAAUCAAUAGGUAACGUGAUCCGGGCUGAUUUCCUGCGGCAAUGUAAAGAUGGCGAGAGUGCUCCACAACUUGCUGAUAUUUUUAAUCAGUCUUGCGCUGAAAAUCAGAGUUUUGGGGUAUUGGUCAUUGAUAUACGGUUAUUGUGCUCUUUGCGCCAUCGUAGCCCUGCUGAAACUUUGGUGGAACAUCGUUUUAAGGCCGACAACAACCUUCCAAUGGGUGAUUCGUGAAACUCCCCCGGCUUGUCUGAAUGACACGUCCUUGGGAACCCACUGUUAUGUUAGGAUCAAGGAGUCUGGCCUCAGGUUCCACUAUGUUGCUGCUGGUGAGAGAGGAAAGCCCCUCAUGUUGUUUCUGCACGGCUUCCCUGAGUUCUGGUUUUCCUGGCGUUACCAGCUGCGUGAGUUCAAGAGUGAAUUUCGUGUGGUGGCCAUCGACAUGCGGGGCUACGGGGAGUCGGACCUGCCGCUCUCCACUGAGAGUUACCGCUUCGAAUACCUGGUCACAGAUGUCAAAGAUAUUGUGGAGUACUUAGGUUACAACAGAUGUUGCCUCGUUGGCCAUGACUGGGGUGGGACCAUAGCGUGGCUGUUUGCGAUUCACUACCCCGAGAUGGUGACAAAACUCAUUGUUCUCAACUGUCCGCAUCCGUCUGUGUUCACAGAUUAUGCCCUGCGUCACCCGAGCCAGCUGCUGAAAUCCAGUCAUUACUUUUUCUUCCAGCUGCCCCGCUUCCCGGAGCUCAUGCUCUCCAUCAAUGAUUUCAAGGCUCUGAAGGCUUUGUUCACCAGCCGCAGCACAGGGAUUGGCAGGAAAGGCCGAUGGCUCACCGCAGAGGAUCUGGAAGCCUACCUGUACGCACUCUCACAACCGGGAGCUCUAACGGGAGCCCUCAACUAUUACAGGAAUGUCUUCAGCUCCCUCCCUCUGAGCCAUAACCACGUCAGGUCUCCGGUGCUGCUGCUGUGGGGAGAGCGGGAUGCCUUCUUGGAACAGGAAAUGGCCGAGGCUUGCCGCCUCUACAUCAGGAAUCAUUUCCGUCUUAACAUCAUUUCCGGGGCCAGUCACUGGCUGCAGCAGGACCAGCCCGAUAUCGUAAACACCCUCAUAUGGACCUUCCUCAAGGAGGGCGAGGGACGUAAAAGCUACAGGAACUAAAUCCACAGCGAGGCCUCCUCCAGCACCUCUCCUCUCCCCACUCACUCCCUGGAAGCCUGGAAUGUGCCUGUGACACCAAGCAACAUAGUGAUAAUGCAAUCAUUCUUUAAAUCUUUCACAUGUUUCAGAUAUUUUUUAAAGAAGUCAGCCGUAAAGGAAGAAAUCAAAGCACACUUCACCAGAGAGGACACCGAACAGUACGCGUGACACAUAUUCAAGAUGUUUUUUGCACACGACAUCCGCCUUAAAGUUUGUCGGUUUUCAGCAUUACAAAUGUGUGGCAGAA